ACAGGUGGUAAUGAAGAGACAGGUAUCUAGCUAGUAUGGCCUGUGCCUGGAUUUGUGCAUUGUUGCUUGAUAAGAAACUGCACAGAUAUCCAUUUCUUCUACAUAUGUUAUUAUGAGGAGAGAAGUGCAGGUGGGAAUGGUACAGGCUAUUUUAUUUGUGUGUGUGCCAGGUGCAACUCCGCAUGAUGUUGUGUGUACUAGAGUGGCUGUUUUGUGUGCACAGCUAUUCUGAUGUGCUCAGGUGAAGACGGACUGGAAGGCUGCCAAAUGUACAUGUUCAUCCAGACGGAGUGCAUCAGAGAAGUUGAGGCAAGGUGAUAUGUGCACAUGUAUCCAUGGCCUACCCUAUACUCUACCAGAAAUUAGAACUCAAGAUAAAGGGAGGCCAGGAAGCACAGCCAAAAGAUUCGGUUGGAUUUCCAAGCCCUGAAUAGCCUAGAGAAAGCUCCUUACUGGGAGGAAGCCUUUGCGUAGGUGCCCUCAUUACAUCACUGAAACUCCCUGUCACUGAGCUGGUUUCCCUUAAGAUAGUUGCUCUCUGAGCACCCAGGGAGAAUCACCUUCCUACCCGAAAAGCCAGUACAGUGUCUUUCCGUGAUGCGAACGCUUUCCCCCAGCGCCAGGACCAAGGGAAAUUUUUAAAUAUAUAAAAAAAAUUUAAAUCCAGAAGCAGCUGGGUUUCCUCUGAGAAAAACGGAGGGAGAACAGGGAGAAGACUGGGAGGGAGGGUGUGAGAACUGGCUGCAAAAGAACUCUGGCAGGCAAAGGGUUAAGUGUGGGAUCAGCUGUUGUGCUGUCAUUCUGGAUUCUCUUCCUUUUAUACGGGGCUCUGUUUGAUGUUGGAGUACGCCAGGGACUCCCCCUCCCACCGCUUGCCUUACACAGACACGCGCGCCGCGCACACUCUCGCACUCUGCCUACCGGCCUCGGAUGGCUCCAAAGUGAUAUUCGUUCUCUCUCUCUCUCCGUGUGUGUCUGUCUCUCCCCAUCCGCGUCUCUCCCUGUCUGUCUGUUAUCUCUCCUCCUUCUCCCUCUCCCUCUUGUCUUCCCCCUCCAUCUCCCUCUCGCUCUCCAUCAUUCCCCGCCCUGACUGGGGGAGAACCGGGCAGAGGAGCGCUGCUUUGAUGCCUCCCCCUUAAACAGCGCCACGAGGGGGAGGGGAGGGCCCGAGGAGGAGGAAGAGGAGGAGAGAGAAAGGGAGGGAGCCAGGGACACACUCGAGCUCGCUCGCACACCCGGAGGGACAGAGCAGAGGGUGCGCGAGGAGCCCCGAACUGCCUCCUCGGAGCCGGGCGCCCAUCUGCUGGCCCAUGCUGUGCUCCAUGGCGAACUCGGGCUGCCUCCUGCUGUCCAACUCCGGCAGCAUGCUUCCGCAUUCAGUGCCCUGCCCGCCCGCCUUCCUCUACCUCCAACAGGGUAAUCAGGACACCACGGCUCCUCCUGAAGCGAUGGCUCAGCCCUACCCCCAGGCCCAGUAUCCCCCACCGCCACAGAACAGCAUCCCCACUGAGUAUGUGCCACCCCACCCUCACCCCACACAGGACUACUCGGGCCAGACCACAGUACCAGAACAUGCCAUGACCCUCUACACACCAGCACAGACCCAUCCAGAGCAGCCAGGCACCGACGCCAGCACACAACCCAUCACUGGGACACAGACAGUACCGUAUCAUCUGUAUUGGAAAAAAUGUUGGCAAACAGAUGAAGCUGCACAGACAGACAGCCAACAGCUACAUUCCUCAGAGAACACAGACAAGCAGCAGCCCAAGAGAUUGCACGUCUCCAACAUCCCCUUCCGGUUCAGGGAUCCUGAUCUACGGCAAAUGUUCGGGCAAUUCGGAAAAAUUUUAGACGUGGAGAUCAUUUUUAACGAACGGGGCUCCAAGGGAUUUGGGUUUGUAACUUUUGAAACUAGCACAGAUGCUGACCGAGCACGAGAGAAGCUGAAUGGGACAAUCGUAGAGGGACGGAAAAUAGAGGUAAAUAAUGCCACAGCUCGGGUAAUGACCAAUAAGAAGACCACGAAUCCCUACACUAAUGGCUGGAAGCUAAACCCCGUAGUGGGUGCUGUAUAUGGACCUGAAUUCUAUGCAGUGACAGGAUUCCCAUACCCCACAACGGGCACAGCAGUGGCAUACCGAGGGGCACAUUUACGAGGUCGGGGACGGGCUGUAUAUAAUACAUUCCGGGCUGCACCGCCUCCUCCCCCCAUUCCAACAUAUGGCGCGGCACUGGAGCAAACGCUUGUUAAAAUGCCAGUCCCAUGGGCAGGGCUGGCACCAUGCCCCCUCCCUCCUCAGCAGACACCGGAGCCGGCCUACCCCACCUCUCCAGCGUUCCCACCACUUUCUUGUCCGUUUGCUUCCAGGGUCGUGUAUCAGGAUGGAUUUUAUGGCGCAGAGAUUUAUGGAGGUUAUGCUGCCUACAGAUAUGCUCAGCCAGCAGCAACAGCAGCAGCUUACAGCGACAGUUACGGCAGAGUCUAUGCAGCUGCUGACCCUUAUCACCACGCCAUUGGCCCUGCUGCAACCUAUAGCAUUGGAACUAUGGCUAGCCUCUGCCGAGGAGGGUACAGCCGCUUCACCCCCUACUAGCAAGAGACCCAGCCCCUAACAGCAUUCACACUGACUGCUUAUUCCAAACCAAACCAAACAAACUAGACACCAGGCAGAUCCUCCGGGAAGACAAACUGCCCCAGCGGGUCAGGGACAUUCACCGCUGACCCUCCGCGACUCUAAAACCAUAGAUUUUUACCUCCAGUUGUUUCUCCCUGCCCCAUGAUGGUGUGUGUGUCUUUGUCCAUGACUGUACCUGUAUGUUUGUAACUAAUUUCCUGUAUUGAGUUUGUCGGUGUUGUUCUACUCCCAAACCAUCAAGGUAUGGUAUAAAAACUGGGGGCCAUGGGAGGGGAGGGGGUAAGAGGGAAAGAUAGAAAGUCAAGAAGUAGAGCCUGAAGUCAGAAGGUCAGUCCUCUUUCCCCAUAGCUCUGACCCUUCAACAUACAGCUAUCCCCAAAAAGGUUAGCAGAAGGACCUCAUACCCUGACCAGUCCCUCUACUUCUACCCUAUUCCAUCUUUACUCUUUAAUCAACAGGCUGAAGUCAGGGAAUCUUUGUGAAAGGAAGUCAGGGCCACAGACCAUGAGCCAUUUUCUAGGUUCCACAGUAUAUUUAGUUGUCCAUUACUCCCAUUUUGGUCUUUGCCCCAGUAAUUUAUCUUUCUACAAUUAGUUGUCUCCCACCUCCGCCCAACAGAUCUUGAAACUGCUAGAAAAAAAUUUGUUUCAUGAAGAGGACAGGAAAAGGGAAUCAGCAUUCUUUCGUCCUCUCUUCCAUCUUAGUUCAACCCCUUAACUCUCCCUGCUUCUCCUUACUUCUUUUUCCUUCACACCUUAUACAGGUCUUCCUCAUCUUUUUAAUUUUUUAAUUGAAUUAUAUAGAUUCCAUUCCUUAUGGAAAUUAUAAGAAUGUCCUGGCCAAAGUAUUCUUUGCAAGACGUAAAGAUGGAAAUGAAUUCUCCCUUCCCCAGUUCCCUGCAUCUGUCCAUAUGCCUUACAGUUCCCCUAUAGUACUGGUCUCAAAUCUCUCCUUUACCCUACAAAGCCAUCAGUGUCCUAGCUGUGGAGGCCCUUAACUCCCUUCUAAAGUGGCAGAUUUUAUUUUCCCAGCUCUGUCCUUGGUGUGUGUGCUGCCUAGCCAAAGCAUCUUCCUUCCUGUGCCUAAGCUCAAAAAAAAAAAAAAAAAAAAAAUCUUUAAUUUGUAUACUUGUAUCACUUUGCUCUUCACAAAUUAAGUUUCUUAUAUAGGAACUCCUCACUUCUGGAUGGUUCAUCUCAGGACUGAAUCCCUGAAUCCAGCUCCCCUUUCUACCACCUCCAACUUUAAUGCAGUUAGGAUUUUUUUGUUUUGUUUUGUUUUUUGAUGAAAGAUCUUUCUAGCCUGGCCCAGCCAUCACAGUACAUUGACCAUGGCAUGGAGAUCCUCUGGCCAAUUCAUAAAUGUUAGACCUGAAAGAAAGGCCUAGAAGGUCAUCCCUUCAAAAUUCGUCAUUUUACAGAAGGACUCCUGAGAGUAACUUAGCAGCAAAAUCAAAUCUAAAACUGAAGUGUCCUGGGUAUCAAUCAGGCUCAAAUGAAGUUUCAUAUUGCUCAUGAAGAAAGCUUAGCUUUUCUGCUUUAGUUAUUAUUCAGAAAACUUCUUCCAGGGAGCCUAGAGGGAGCCAACCGAGGCAAGGGGUCCUUUUGUUCUGCAUCAUCCAUGAUUUUAAAUAAGCUACUCCUUGAGCCUUUUUUUAUCCAGUGAGAUAAUAUUUGUAAACUGCUUAGCACAGUAGGAGGUGCUAUAUAAAUGCUUAUUCCCAUCUUCUUCCCCCUUUGCCUUUUAUGACCAUCCCCCUAACAGGUGUAAGCAUAGCAGGAGAUUUUUUUUAUCUUUGAGGAAAGCACCUGGGGUCUGGAAGGGACAAAGGCUUUCUACCAGCUACGGGACUUAGUUUCCGCUAUAAACACCCUGCCCCAUCCCACUCACAUACCUCUAUUUGGAAAAUUGUUCUCGUAUUUUCUUUCCUAUAACUCCUCUCUCAGGUGUCCAAUUUGUCUCUUUCCUAAUGUUAAAAUUCACCUUUUCCAACAAAUUUGCCACCACCUUUCCACAUCUUAUUUGCUGAACACUAUUCCCACAUACUCCUGUCUCCAGCCUCUUAACCUUCUGUUAUGAUCUUUAUUCCUUGCUAUUCUAAUCUGUCUGCAACAAUUGCUUCUCUUAUCUUAGUUUAGCUUGUUCUAGCUUCUCCACAUUCUAUUUAAUCCAGAGUUUUGGUUACCUUAGGAACCUCCAGUUGCUAGAUCCUAUUUUCCUAUCCCAUCACUAUACAUCUAGCCAUUCCUGGAAAGUAGUGAAGGGACAAAUUAAAACCGUCAUUUAAAUUACAAAGCCAGCAAUCUCCCGAGGGUCAGGGGUGAAACAUAUAUAUAUAUAUAUAUAUAUAUAUAUAUAUAGAGAGAG